UCAAGACAGAACCCAGAGAACUUCAAUUAUAAAUGGCUCCCUUCUUUCCUUCGUCAUCAUUAGCAAUUUCAUUUGAUCGCAAUCCCACAAUCGAAGCCAUUUCUAUGGAGGAGGCCAUCAAAGAUCAGCCCUCUGUUCAUGGGAAGUCUAAACUUCGGUAUCCUCUGAGAUCCGCGACUAAAUCCAAGGAGGAGAAACAAUCGACGGCAGAUACUUCAAACUCUUCUGCAACCAAGAGGGGAAGAAUUGUCUCAAAGGUCAGUCAGAGUGCGAGUGUCCUCGACAGCUCUACCAAGGACACAGCAGCCAAGCCGCCUAGAAGAUUUUCUAUUCCUGCCAAGUCAAAUGCCAGCCCCCACAUGAAACCGGCUGGCAACAUUACUCCAAUUUCUGAGACUAGGGCCAAGAGGUCUGUUACCAGUCAAGGGAAAAGUGCCACACCAGUUUCUGAUGUUUCCAAAUCAGGGAACCGCAGGAACUCCAGCUAUAUAUCCUCAGCAACAUAUUGGUUGUCACAGAUUAAGCUAUCUGAAUCUGCUGCUAUGCACUCAAUUUCACUUGGUUUCUUCAAACUUGCCUGGGAGGCUGGAUGUAAGCCUCUCCAGCGAAUGCGGGAAGAGCUAAAGUCUUAUGCACGCCGGAAUAGCCUUGGUGAACUCGGAGAAUCUGUGAAAGAAUUAUUCAAUAGUUAUGAAAUUUCAGAGAACUUGGAGCAGUUGCAGGUUUCUGAAACUUGUUCUCAGGUGCCUGGAGAGGGAACUCGAUCAUCUGAUGAUGAUGUUCACAGCACUUCUUCUACUAGGAGCACUAGGAAACUGAAACCAAAGUCCUUGAACACUGAUGCUGCUCAAGUUUCUUCAGUCACAGAAUCCGCCAAUAAGGAGACUACUCAGAAGAAUAAUCCUGCAACUAGAGUCAGGGGGUCAUUGAAUAAGAAUUCAGUGAAUACAAGAUCGGUUUCUGACUCUGGGAGCCGCAACUUACAAAGGAAACCCCAGAAGCCAAGUAAGCAAGAUUCUAAAACAGAGAAGGUUGUGAUAAAGAAACAAGGAAAGAAAUCUGCAAAUGAAGAAGGUCCAGUCAAUUCUUUGCCAACAGAGGAAACAACACUUCAAGAAAACAAAGAAAACAUGGAUGCCCCUCUGAUGGAAGAAACUAGUUUGACUGAAGUAAUGUAGACAUGCUGCACCAAACAUGCUGUGAACUCCUGAUAAAACUCUUUUACUCUUGUUGGAUUUUGUCUUCAGUGUUUUUUAGUGAGGGCUUUUCCUUUGUAUAGAAAGGGUCAAUGUGAAAGUGGUGAUCCUGUCUGGUGUGAAACUAAGCAUUUACUAUUCAUUUUCCCUUCUUAUUGUUCAGUAAAACUGGGAUUGUUUGUGUCUAGUAUCAUACAGUUAUUCUGGCGAUUUAAAUUGUAUCGAAGUACUAAGCUUCAUUUUUGGUGUCCUGAUAUAAGAUGAUAUAUGUUUGCAAGCAUGACUUCUUUACCUUA